CGGCCGGGCCCCGCGCGCUCCAUGGCGGCCGCCGGCGGCCCCGACGAGGCGGACGAGGCGGUUCGCGGCACCUGCGAGGACGCGUCUGUCUGCAAACGGUUUGCUGUCAGUGUUGGCUACUGGAAGGACCCUUACAUCCAGUAUUUUGUGAGACAAGCCAAGGAAAGGAAAGCACCUGAGAUCAACAGAGGUUAUUAUGCUCGUGUUCACGGAGUCAGUUAUCUGAUUAAAGCUUUUCUAAAGAAGACAGAAUGCAACUGUCAAAUUGUUAACCUUGGGGCUGGCAUGGACACCCUGUUCUGGAGGCUGAAGGAUGAAAAUCUUCUCCCUAGAAAAUAUUUUGAAGUGGAUUUUCCAAUGAUCGUUGCAAGAAAAAUACAUAAUAUCAAAUCAAAACCUCCCCUGUCAAAACCAAUUAUGGAAUCCCAUUCAGGGGACUCUCUUCUAAUAG